AUGCCGUCAUCAUCAAUCCGGAAAAAAGUAUAUGGCUUAAUACGUACCACAUUUUCAUCUUUAGCACCCGAUGACGGUAAUGAUAAUGGUAAUGAGAACGGUGGUGAUAAUUUAAUUGGUGAUAAAAAUGGUAAAUAUAUUACAAAUAAUGGUAGUAGUGUCAAAGCUCCAACAACUACUAAUUCGUGUAUUCCUGAUGAUUGCUCACCGUUAACCCCAACAACUAGCAAUUCCUUCAUUUCACAGUGCAUUUUUAAGAAUAAAAAAAAUGGUGUGAAAUAUGGAACGGAAAUUUAUUCUGGUAAAACGGGUCUUGAUUUGCCGAUUUUGCUGUUGGAACCUUUAUCUAAGAAUGUUUGUGCUUCAUAUACUGGUCCAGAAGGGGGACUUAUGGAGGUGGUAGGCAUACGUCAUCAACCGAUUGUUCGAAUGGCAAAUUUAGAUGAUGAACUUUGCUUAAGUUUUGACGGUGAUUUGUCAGUAGAUAUAGAGCAUUCCUUGAAUGAUGAAUUUCAAACUCUGCAGCAUAAUCAUUUACGGCAGUCAUCAUCUGGUUUGAUGGGUUCAUAUACCUCACUGAUUGAUUCAUUGGUUAUGGGAGAUGCAGCACUACGAUCAGAUACUGAAAGUUAUAACUGGAAUUGUUUUAAUGAAGAACGCUGCUUCGGAUUAUCAACAACACUUUAUGAACAAAAUCCAUUGACAGGCGUUAAUGCUGGUAAUCCAAUAGCAGAUGCUUUUGGUAUUGUAGCUCGUGAUAAUAAUGUUAUAAUGGCAUUAGCGGAUGGUGUUAAUUGGGGUGAAGGAGCUCGUUUGGCUGCACGAUGUGCAAUACGAGGAGCUAUUGAUCAUCUUAAUUAUCAUCUUUUCGCAGAGGAAUGUAGAACAAGCACUGAGAUAUUCCAUAGAUUACUUGGUGCAUUUCAUUCUGCUCAUGCACUAAUUUUACAAGAAGGUGGUCUUCUAACAACACUAUGUGUAGCUGUUGCAGUACAACUGAAAGGAAGUACGACAUGGGUACUAUGUGUUUGUAAUGUCGGUGAUUCAUUAUGUUUUGUGUACAGUCCAAAAACUGGUGUUCAAGAGAUUACAAUUGCUUCACACGAUAUAUGCAGUAUGCGUGAUAUGCGUGAUGCUGGUGGUGCAUUGGGACCUGUUGAUGGUACAAAUCCUCAGUUGCACAAUCUUACAUGUUCUAUGACAUUCGUAGAACCAGAUGAUGUGAUAUUCAUAACAUCAGAUGGUGUGUCUGAUAAUUUUGACCCGGUAGUUGGAAAAUUUUGUGUUAUUAAGAGGUCUUCAGAACAAAUGGAUCCUCCAGAAAAAUGCGAACCAGUUGUAAUAUCAGUAGAUAAUGAUGAUAAAAACCGAGAUGCUGAAUUUGCUCGAAUACGCACCUGCAAUGCAUCACUUCCAUGUGUUGAUGCUGAAGAGCGUCACGAGUUGAUGUUGUUAAGGAUGGGUGAUAUAAUUUCAAAUGGUAUCCUUCCACCCAUGUCAAGAUUAAGAUCUUCGCCAUCACGUAGAUCAAGAUCACCGAUUGGUGAUGGUGUUGUUGUUAGUGCUAGUAAAGUGUGUCAUAAUCUCAUUCAGUUUGCUCAGCAGCUAUCCAUGGCAAAACGUCGAACUCUGGAGGACCCAGAAUUGUAUCAAAUUGAGAAACAUCUGACAAAAAGUGAGCAACGUAAUCAUCGUAAAAUGGUACGAUGUAAACUGAGUGAAAUGCCUGGAAAAUUAGAUCAUGCAACGGUUGUAGCUUUUAAAGUUGGGAUUUGGCCAACUGAUGAUGAUGCAACAAGUGAGAAAUCAUUGUUAUUAAAUGACUGUUUGAAUGAUUCAAUUUCAACUAUACACUGUGAAAACGAAGCAAAAGCAGAUGUUAAGUCAUCAAUGAUGGGAAAUAUUGAGGAAGAAAUGACAUGUAAUGUAAAUUUCACUGUACAAAACAAUUUCAUGGUACAUACACAAAUUUCUGUACCAUGCAAUGAUCCAGUAAGAGCAACUGCAACACUGAACAUGAAUGUUGAUAAUGCACAAUUGCAGUUAACUGAAAUGAAUAAAGGAAUAAAAAAUAGUAGCUGUAAUCAAGAGAUACCGAUAUCAAAUAAAUCAGAUGAUGUUAAAAUCCACAAAAAGCAUCCACGUGGAUCCACUGGUCGACAUACGCUUUCAGUGGAUGUCACAUGGUUAAAAAAGUUUGUAGUGCUCAAGCAUUCUGCAAGUGAAUCCAUAAAUGAAGAUGAGAAAACAAAGAAUAAUUACGGUGGUGGUGAAACUGAAAGGCCACAAAUAUUGUCACUACGUCAACGUAUUCGUAGUCUCAUGGGUUCAGCUCGUAGCGUAAUUCAGACAAGUGCUGCUGGAACACCAAAUAGAGAAUUAUCCUCACGUAAUGCAUUCUCGAAGAAAGUAUCUUCUGCCAAUUCAUCACCAAGGAAAAAAUCACAAGCUUAUUAA